AUCCAUUCCAUCGCAUUCAUUCUCCAGAGUCACAUCAUAUCACUAAUUUUACCAUUUUUCCAUAAAAAAUGGGUUCACUGACAAACUCAGAAAUUCCAAUUGUGGAUUGUGCCAUUAUUUCAGACGGGGAAUAUUCCCUAAGUUUGAAAGAUUCUCCAGAGUUUAAGGAAUUUGCGACUUCUCUGGGCAACGGGUUUUGUCAAAUGGGUCUCGUCUACUUCAUCAAUCAUGGAAUUGAGGAGUCUAUCAUAACUGACUGUUUCACCGCGAGCAAGGCCUUCUUCGAACUCCCCGCCUCCUUAAAAGCUCCCUACACCCGUCUCGACCAGGCCCACCUUCGCCACGGGUAUGCCCCACCACGCGGCGACUUUAAGGAACAAUUAGCCUUGGCGGGUAAUAAAAUGUACCUCCAGUCAGCCUACCCGUCCGAAACGCCGCAACUUUUCCCCGCCAUGACCACCUUCAUCGGCAAGGCGACCACCCUCUCGAAAAAAAUCUUGCUCGCACUCGGCCUCCAUUUUGGUCUGGACGACGCAGAAUAUUUGAUAAAAUUGCAUUCCGACUGUUUCGACGAUACCGGAAGUCGUGACAGCUGGGCCGACAUGAAGACUCGGUUUUACCACGCAAUGACGGACGACGAUCUUGCGACGAUAGGUCCGGAUCAUCUCCGCUUACCGGAACAUCCGGACGGGGACACGCUCACGUUUCUCGUGCAGGACGAGGCGGGCGGAUUGGAGGCUCGAAACGGGGCGGGAGUCUACAUCCCGGUUCCCCACGUGCCGGGCGCGCUCGUGGUUAAUGCCGGUCUCUCGUUGGAAUUAUGGACGGGUGGACGCAUUCCUGGUGUGCUCCACCGUGUCCAACUGAUUAAAGAAAAGGCGAAAGAGAUCCGUCAAAGCUUGGGCUACUUCCUGACCGCAAAUGGAGAUGCCGAGUGCGACAUUUUGGUAGAACAGAAGCCCGGCUGGAAGUGGUCGGAUCGGCUGCCCGUUCCCGGAAAAAAAUUGGAAGGCUUCUACCUCAAAGAAAUUCAAAUCAUUAAGGAGAGACAUUACGAUAAAAACGAUGGGAGCAGGUCUGCCAUGAGGUACAAUCGAAUUUAAGGAAAUCCACCAGAAAAUGGAAAAUCUAAACGACAGUUUAAAAAACCUCUUUGGAUUAAUUCAUCCAUUAAUUUAAUCUACAUAUAUGUACCAUUUGCAUUUCAAGUAUAUAUAUAUACUUUUGAAAUGCUGUCUUAAAUAAUUACGAGUCCAUUAUAUAAAGGUAAUUAAUGUUCAGCUAGAAAAUUAAAGAUUAAAAAUUGCAAUUAGCAUGGUUACGUAAUAUUUAAUUUGCAUCUACAUAUGUCCCUAAUUUCCAGAAUGCGGUAAAUCUUGCUUGAAUUAAUGCAAUAAAUUGUCUUAAACAAAG